AUGAGAUCGAGUGUCAGAGCACUGAGAUGGAUUUCUGAAGAUGCUAAACCAUCUCGUCUAGUUGUCAUGUCUCGAGACGGUUCAAAUCCCUACAACGUUACAACAACUCCAGUUACGGAAACCUCCAAACCUAUAUCGUCCUCGUCAAACAUUCCCUUCAACUACGAUUUAGUAUCGGUAGAUCCAGAUGGUUCCAUUGCAGGCAAUACUUUCCUAUCUGGGUUCGGUAAGUACGGUACGAGAUCCCAAGACAAUUUAGCAUCCAAGAUCAGAGGUAGUUCUGGUGUUGUACAAAAAUACCAAAAUGCGUAUCGUGUCUUUAGUCCAGAGGCACUAGUUUACCAAUGCAAGUAUUUUAAACUAAACUACUACCCACCUGAACAUUUCCUAGGGCUUUUCCGUAAGACUAAGCCUGCGGUUAACGUUAGAGAAAGUGGUGAAGCCCAAUUCAACAACAAUUUUCAACUGGAAAACAAGCAUAAAACCAUAUUUCGAAAUAAUCUGUCAUCUCUGCCCAAGCACUAUGCAGUAUAUAGGCGGCUUAACAGAAUGUUCAUGAAGAGACACAUGGUGGAAGAGUGGUGUAGAUUACAUGGUGAUAAAGCGGUUGAAGAAACAAUUGGGUGCAAAACUUCCAAGACAGGCGCUCAGUACUUGGACAAAUUAGGAAGAACUAAACAGGGAGUAGCCAAGGAUGGAUUUUACGUCUAUAUGGCAUUAAUCUUCCCAGAUGAACAGAAUAGAGAACACUUAGCUCAUCAUGUAAGACAGAGUGUGGUUACCGUGGCCAAUUUAAAAUGGGACCAAUUUUUACAAUCUGACAAGGACAGUAACAAGACGUGGGUCGAGAAGGCUAAUAGCUGCCUAAAGCCCUUCACCAUCAACAAGCUGCUCACUCAGAGUGAACAUUCCUAUACACUGAGCAGAUUUGAGGACGAGUCGGCAGAAGAAUAA